AUGUCACUGCUCUACUAUAUCGCCUCGGGUGCAAGCACCUACAUCGCCUUCACUGCCUCACUCUUCCUUGUCGGACAGAAGGUACCGCGCGCCUCGUUUGUGGCGCGUUGUCUAGCAUCAUACGGCUCUCUCAUCGCUUGCGCGAUAUACGGUGUAGUAGCCUCGGUCGUCCUCCGCCUGGUGGGGUACGGCCGCAUUUCCCAAUGGGCCACCGCCCGCAGCUUCAAGUGGGUGAUGAGAUUCACCACCGGCGUGCGCUUUGAUAUCAUCGAGGGCAAGGAGUACCUGUCCACGCGCCCCGCCGUCAUCAUCGGCAACCACCAGUCCGAACUCGAUGUUCUCAUGCUCGGCGAGAUCUUCCCCCCAUACUGCAGUGUCACCGCGAAGAAGUCCCUCCGCUAUGUUCCCUUCCUUGGAUGGUUCAUGGCGCUCUCCCGGACCGUGUUCAUUGAUCGCGCCAACCGGGAAACAGCUGUGAAGGCAUUUGAUAGCGCCGCGGAGGAGAUGCGGACUCACAGACAGAGUGUCUUCAUUUUCGCCGAGGGUACGAGGAGCUACUCAGAGAAGCCUGAGCUUCUCCCUUUUAAGAAAGGUGCUUUCCACUUGGCUGUCAAGGCGCGGGUGCCUAUUGUCCCGGUUGUUGUCGAGAACUACUCGCACAUUCUGGCCCCGAAAAAGUCCAGAUUCGAGGCUGGAUCUAUCAAGGUUAAAGUUCUUCCCCCUAUCAGCACCGAGGGCCUUACUGCGGAGGAUGUCGACAAGCUUACGACAUCGACUCGGGAGUCGAUGCUCAAGAAUUUGCUGGAGCUCUCGAAUGCCGAACCCGCCGAUCUCCCUGCCUCUCACAAAGGGCAAUCGACUGCCGUUGAGAUCUGA